AUGCCUGCCAAUCAGAUCACGGACGUCCCACCCUAUAACUGUGGAGUCCGGGGAGAAGGGGGUAUGGGGGAGCUGCUCAGAGCCUGGAGAAGGGUAGUCGGGGCAGGAGACUGUUGUAGUCCUGGUGGGGGCUGCUGCAGGAGCAGUGGUGGCGGCGUUCUCAGCAGAGGUUCCAGCUCAGAUCCGAGCAGCGCAGCAGACAAUAACCGCGCUGGGAGCAGGACCUGGCAGGACCCCACUGUGAUGCUUCCUGACUGAUCAUGUUAUAAGUGUGCCUGGAAUCCAAAGGCAGCGUUUCCAAUUGGAGAGUUCUCUUCAUCAUCAUGGAGAUUCAACAGGAUGAAACAGUUCAAAUCAAGAGGACAUCAACUUCCAGUGAUGCCCAAGAUCAGGGAGCUGAGAAGGGAGCCAAGAAUAAGACAGCUGAGACAACAGAAGGAUCAACAUCAGAGCCACCCUUAUCAGGCCCAGGUAGGCUGAAGAAAACUGCCUUGAAACUCUUUGGUGGCAAGAAGGGAAUCUGUACUCUGCCUAGUUUCUUUGGGGGUGGACGAAGCAAAGGUUCUGGGAAAGGCAGCUCCAAGAAGGGUCUAAACAAGAGCAAGACCCACGAUGGUCUGAGUGAAUCAUCUCACGGCCCUGAAGAUGUUGUCGUUGAAGAAACAGAGCUCUCUACACCUUUGUCCAAGUCACCUUCUCAAUUUCCUAGCUCCCAGAGUGCCCAUGGAGCUUUGGAGAUAGGCUCUAGACAUAAGACAUCUGUGACUGAAGCUGUAGAGAAAGCUGGAGUUGAGAAGGUACCCUCUGUGCACAAGCCGAAGAAAGGCCUAAAAGGCUUUUUAAACAGUAUCCGCCGUCACCGAAAGAGCAAGGUUUCUGGGGCUGACCAAAGUGGGCUAGGGGCCAAGGAACUUGAGGGGACAAGAACCAUGUCUCAAGAGCAUGUGAGUUCAAUCUCUCUGCCCAGCUCUGAGGAGAUAUUCCGAGAUGCUAUAAAGGAAAAUACCAAACCCCAGGAUGCCCCUGGACCAAAAAUGUCUCCAGCAAGAGAACAUUUUUCACUAACUACUGAGAAGACAGCUUGUAAAAAUCCAGAAAAACUUACAAUGACCUGUGCCUCAGAGUUCAUGCAGCCCAAGCCUAUUCUUGAAGCUAGUAGUCUAGAAGAGCCCCACACUUCAGAAACAGAAGGAAAAGUGGUAACAGGAGACGCAAACCCACCCAAUGGCCCGGUUGGGGAUCAGCUAAGCCUCUUGUUUGGGGAUGUUACAUCCCUGAAAAGCUUUGACUCGCUGACAGGUUGUGGUGACAUUAUAGCAGAACAGGACAUGGACAGUAUGACAGAUAGCAUGGCCUCUGGUGGCCAGAGGGCCAACCGAGAUGGGACCAAGCGAAGUUCCUGCUUGGUGACCUACCAAGGAGGUGGGGAGGAAAUGGCCUUGCCAGAUGACGAUGACAAUGAAGAGGAAGAAGAAGAGGAUGAGGAGGUAGAAUUAGAGGAUGAGGAAGAGGAGGUCAAGGAUGGGGAGGAAGAUGAUGACUUAGAGUAUCUGUGGGCAAGUGCCCAGAUAUACCCAAGAUUUAAUAUGAACCUGGGCUAUCAUACUGCUAUAUCUCCCAGCCACCAGGGCUACAUGCUUCUUGACCCAGUUCAGUCUUAUCCUAACCUAGGCCUGGGAGAACUUUUGACACCUCAGAGUGACCAGCAAGAGUCUGCUCCCAAUAGUGAUGAAGGUUAUUAUGACUCUACCACACCAGGAUUUGAGGAUGAUUCGGGUGAGGCCCUGGGGCUUGUCCAUAGGGAUUGUCUACCCAGAGACAGCUAUAGUGGUGAUGCUCUUUAUGAAUUCUAUGAGCCAGAUGACAGUCUUGAGCACUCCCCACCUGGGGAUGACUGCCUUUAUGACCUCCGUGGACGCAACUCAGAGAUGUUGGAUCCUUUCUUGAACUUGGAGCCCUUUUCUUCUCGACCACCUGGGGCAAUGGAAACAGAAGAAGAACGGCUGGUAACCAUCCAGAAGCAGUUGCUGUACUGGGAACUUCGCCGGGAGCAGCGUGAGGCUCAAGAGGCAUGUGCCAGAGAGGCUCAUGCCAGAGAAGCUUAUUCUCGAGACACCCACACUCGGGAAUCUUACGGCAAAAAUACCCGAGCCCGAGAAACCCAAGCCCUAGAGGUUCAUUCUCAAGAGGGUCGAGUCCAAGAGACCAAAGUACGGCAAGAGAAGCCUGCCUUGGAAUAUCAGAUGAGGCCAUUAGGCCCCUCGGUGAUGGGUCUGGUGCCAGGGACACCAGGAGGUUCUCAGACUUCACACCGGGGAACCACUUCAGCUUUCCCAGCUACUUCCAGUAGUGAACCAGACUGGCGGGAUUUCCGUCCUCUGGAGAAGCGUUUUGAGGGGACUUGCUCCAAAAAAGAUCAAAGUACUUGUUUAAUGCAGCUCUUUCAGAGUGAUGCCAUGUUUGAACCAGACAUGCAAGAAGCAAAUUUCGGAGGCUCUCCCAGGAAGGCCUACCCUAGUUACUCACCCCCUGAAGAGCCAGAGGAAGAGGAAGAUGAGAACGAAGGGAAUGCCACUGUGAGUUUUUCACAAGCUCUAGUAGAGUUUACCAGCAAUGGAAACCUUUUUACCAGCAUGUCCUACAGCUCUGAUUCUGACUCAUCCUUCACUCAAAAUCUCCCUGAGUUGCCCCCCAUGGUCACCUUUGACAUUGCUGAUGUGGAACGGGAUGGAGAAGGCAAGUGUGAAGAGAAUCCUGAGUUCAACAAUGAUGAAGAUCUUACGGCCUCCUUGGAAGCUUUUGAGCUGGGUUAUUACCACAAACAUGCCUUCAACAGCUAUCACAGCCGGUUCUACCAAGGCCUGCCCUGGGGUGUUAGCAGCCUCCCUCGAUACUUAGGACUCCCGGGUGUACAUCCUCGACCUCCACCCGCUGCAAUGGCACUCAAUAGGAGAAGCCGUUCCCUUGACAAUGCAGAGACCCUGGAGCUGGAGCUCUCCAGUUCUCACCUAGCCCAGGGUUAUGUGGAGUCUGAUGAGCUACAGGACCACCAGGAAGAUUCAGAUGAAGAAGGUGAAGAAGAGGAAGGAGAAUGGGGCCGGGACAGCCCCUUGUCACUCUACACUGAACCUCCAGGGGUCUAUGACUGGCCACCCUGGGCUCACUGUCCUGUUCCAGUGGGACCAGGUCUUGCUUGGCUAAGCCCUAAUCAGUUGGAUGAGCCUUUCAAUCAGUCUUCAUAUGUGCAAGCAACCUGUUGUGUACCUCCUGUGGCAAUGUCAGUGCCAGGAAGAGCACCUGGAGACUCUGUGUCUCAGCCAGCUCGACCUUCACACCUACCCCUGCCCAUGGGUCCUUGCUAUAACCUUCAAUCACAGGCCUCCCAGAGUGGGAGGGCCAGGCCUCGGGAUGUACUGCUGCCUGUAGAUGAGCCCAGUUGCUCCUCCAUUUCUGGAGCCAACUCUCUGUCUCAAGCCAAGCCUGUAGGCAUCACCCAUGGUAUCCCUCAGCUGCCCAGGGUACGGCCUGAACCCCUUCAGCUUCAACCCAAUCACUACCGAGCUUCCAACCUUGACCUUUCAAAGGAGAGGGGUGAACAAGGUGCCUCUCUCUCUACCAGCUACUCCUCCACUGCCAUGAAUGGAAACCUAGCCAAGUAGUCAU